AUGUGGUCGAUAUCAAGAAUGAUGAGGACAUUUGUCCACUGCUCUUUACUGAUGUCCGUCAGUGCAAUCAACCCACCGAAUGAACCAGUCGACGAAAUCGAGAGGACGAUGGAUUCAUUAAUUGCAUCCAACAAGAUCAUGAUUUUCGGCAAAUCGUCUUGUAAAUGGUGCAAAAGGGCAAAAAAGAUCUUGGGUAAUAAACUGAACACACUCCACAAAGAAGACAUUAAAAUCACAAGCUUCGAAUUGGAUUUGGAGGCCACUGGGCCGACCAUGGGGAAAGUGCUAGCGGAGAGGUUCAGCUUAAACCCAUUCACCGUCCCCCAAAUUUUCAUCAACGCACAGCAUCGCGGUGGCUGCGAAGACUUGAUGGAGAUGGAAAAGAAUGGUGAAUUAGAUGAACUGCUAUAA